AUGACUAAGCCACAGCCUCGGCUGAGUAGAAAGUUUAUCGAUAACGGCAAGAAAGCAACAACAUCAGCUCCAAGCAGAAGUUUCGAGCUGCAAAGAAAACGAGAGCUCGCUAGCGACUCGCUGUACACUCAUUUUCACUCUACCUACUCUCCUAUAAUGGUUCAAUCACUUCGUUUCGCACAUACAGUUCGAGUACGAGCUUCACCUUUUACCAGGGAAAGCUUUAGGCCAUUCGGGACAGCAGUCGAAACACCUCUGCCAGAUACACUGAACACUCCACCAAAUUCCAUCACCAGCUUCAAGACUCCUGAUUGUGCCGCUGAAUCAGCUAACCAAGGCUCUGCUGUGAAAUGGAGCCCGAUAUCACCAAUAACUGAAUCAUAUGGAAAAAGCUCAAAGAAAGGGGAGGCUCGCAUGAGCAUGUUCUCAUGCUUCCCCCGGGAAUUGCGCACUCCUCUAUCCCUAUCUGUUCCCUCCUCAUCGAAAGGAUUUUCCGGACUAUGGAAUCAGAAUCUAUCAGGACUAUUUGACGUAAAGUUUCUCGAAAGACAUCCGUACACCUCACAGUCAUUCAUUCCCAUAUCACGGAGUCACAAUCAGGAUCAUGCCAUAAGACGAGACACUGUGACUGAAGACGUCUUCUAUUUGGUCAUUGUUGCUCCAUCACUAGUAGGCCAGGUGGAUUCAGCAACAUCGAUACACGAUCCUCCAGAUCUCAACAAUGUACAAGCAUUCAUUGCUAGGCCAGGUCAGGCAGUGACUUAUGCGGCCGGAACAUGGCAUGCUCCGAUGGUGGUUAUAGGGAGACAGAGGAUAGAUUUUGUUGUUGUUCAAUAUGUAAAUGGGAUCGAUCGCGACGAUUGUGAACUUGUUGGUUUGGAAGACGGUGUCGUUGUGGAGGUUGAUGCCCGCUCGUCAAAGGUUGUGGCUAAGUUGUAG